UUCAGUUGGUACAUUGUUGACAAUGAGACCACGGUGAAGUGAAAUUAUUCCAACACCUAACGCUUACUUGAGUGCUUGCUAUGUACAAAAUUCUACUGUUCCUGUCGACCCUCACCCGGAUAGAGUCGGCCUUCCUCAGUAUUAGUGAUGUUUUGCUUGGAAAUGGUGGCAGCACUGUACAAUCUUCUAUGACAGAAGUCCCGGGGGAUUACAGGGUUUACUGGAACGUUCCGACAUUUAUGUGCCACAAGUACGGAUUGAAUUUCGAAGAGAUCCAGAGGGAUUACGGAAUCAUUCAGAAUAGAAAUGAUGAUUUCAGGGGGGAGAACAUUGCUAUUUUGUAUGAUCCCGGCCAAUUUCCGGCCAUUCUCAAGAGUCCAAACGGAUCAAUGUACCUGAGAAAUGGUGGAGUACCCCAAGAGGGUGACCUCCAAAAGCACUUGGAGCUCUUCAAAGUCCACGUGAAUGAGCAGAUAUCCAAGGAUUUCAGCGGAGUCGGAGUUAUUGACUUCGAGAGCUGGCGGCCGAUAUUCAGGCAGAACUGGGCGUCCCUAGCGCCUUACCGGGACUUGUCCAUAACUAUUGAGCGAAGAAGGCACAUCUUCUUGAGUGAGAAGAGUAUUGAGCGAGAGGCGAUCAGGAGGUUUGAGGAGGCCGGGAGGAUCUACAUGGAGGAGACGAUAAAACUGGCGAAAUCCAUGAGGCCGCGGGCCUCAUGGGGGUACUAUGCCUAUCCCUACUGCUUCAAUUUGACCCCUCAACAGAUGAACUGGAGGUGUGACGAGAAAAUUAAGAAGGAUAAUGAUCGUAUGCAGUGGCUCUGGAAGCUUGAGGAUGUCCUUCUCCCCUCCGUAUACUACAAAAUGACGCUAUCCAGCAAUGAAAAGAUCGGAUUGAUAGCCGGAAGACUUCAGGAGUCACAGAGGAUCAUCCAAAGGUCUUCCCUGUCUUCUGUCAUUCUCCCGUACUUCUGGUACAAAUACCACGAUCAGGGGAAUAAUUUACUCUCCGAGGCCGAUGUUCAUGACAGUUUCAAUGCUAUGGCGAGCAACGGGGCAGCCGGGCACAUUAUAUGGGGGAGUUCGAACGAUUUCACAUCGAAAAAGAAAUGCGAACAAUUCAGGGAUUACCUGAAUAACGUCCUGGGACCUGCAGUAUUAGAGAUAACAAAAUUGUCUCCGAGGCUAACCGAUUUCCCUCGAGACAACGAUAACAUCUUCGAUGAUAAUAUCUUCUCGAACAAAACGGAAGAAUUAAAAGUCUCUGUUCAACAAAUUAAUUGAUUAAUCUAUUGAUAAUUAAUAAAAUUAAUUUUUAUUUUUUAACAAUGUCUCAUUGAUGGGACCUGCAGUAUUAGAAAUAACAAAAUCAUCUCCGAAGCUGACCGAUCUCCCUUGAGACAAUGAUAACAUCGUCUUCGAUGAAAACAUCUUGAACAAAACGGAAGAAUUAAGUCUUUCUUCGACAAAUUAAUUAAUCUAUCUAUUGAUAAUUAAUAUAAUUAAUUUUUACGCUUGAACAAUGUUUCAUUAAUGGGACCUCCAGUAUUAGAAAUAACAAAAUCAUCUUCGAAGCUGACCGAUCUCCCUCGAGACAACGAUAACAACAUCUUCGAUGACAAUAUCUUCUCGAACAAAACGGAAGAAUUAAAAGUCUCUGUUCAACAAAUUAAUUGAUUAAUCUAUGGAUAAUUAAUAAAAUUAAUUUUUAUUUUUUAACAAUGUCUCAUUGAUGGGACCUGCAGUAUUAGAAAUAACAAAAUCAUCUUCGAAGCUGACCGAUCUCCCUUGAGACAAUGAUAACAUCGUCUUCGAUGAAAACAUCUUGAACAAAACGGAAGAAUUAAGUCUUUCUCCGACAAAUUAAUUAAUCUGUCUAUUGAUAAUUAAUAAAAUUAAU